CCACACCCACCGCCUUAGCCCACCAGUUUGACACCCUCACCCUCCGUGAUCCAACCUGGUACAUGGACACCGGCGCCACUCACCAUAUCGCCUCGGACCCAGGAUAUGCUGACGGGAACCGUGAUUCAUCGGUCCAAUAAUGCCGGGCCCCUUUACCCUAUGAGCCAAACAGCCGCCCCUGCCCAAGCCCAGAAGCUUAAAGGAGAAUUUGCCAUGACAGAUAUGGGGGAUCUCAAUUUCUUCCUGGGUAUUAAUGUCCAGCACACGGCUGGGGGACUUUUCCUUCAUCAGACACAGUUUGCACACGAGAUCCUUGAGCGGGCUGACAUGCUUCACUGUAAGCCUAUCUCCACACCGGUUGACACCAAGGCGAAGCUGUCAGCCACCUCCGGUACACCCCUUCCGGAUCCCACCAUCUACAGAUCCAUUGUCGGCGCAUUACAGUAUCUGACAUUCACCCGCCCCGAUCUCACAUAUGUCGUACAGCAGCUCUGUCUUCAUCUCCAUGCCCCCCGCAGCUCUCAUCGCACGGCUAUGAAGAGGGUCCUACGCUACAUUCACGGCACGGCCACCCAUGGCAUCACUCUCCACCGCACUGGCACAGAUUCCUUACAGGCAUAUUCAGAUGCUGAUUGGGCAGGAUGCCCUGACACUCGCCGCUCCACAUCUGGAAAUGAUAGACCACCUGUUUUGCCUCUGCCUGUUUGCGAAGAGGAUAUAAUGUGCUAUUGAAACCAGGAGGAUUUAUGUUAAAAAAAGGACGAUGGUGGAUGUAUGACUCGAACUAUAUAUGAUAUGACUUCUGAUACUUUUACAAUUGCUGGGUUGCCAAAUUUUAAAGAUUUGUACAUCUCGGAGGAAGAUAAUCAAGUGAAUUGACCCGG